AUGUCAUCGGCAAAUGUAUUUGAGAAUCUUCAAUCUCCUGUCUCCUACGACGCGGAGAUCGAUAAAGGAUGGAGGCUGAUCUCGGAAAAAGGCGACAACCCUGUUGCAAGGAUAUUGCAAGUUCUGCAGGACAUCUAUUGGAAAGCCGUGACGGAUGAGAUUGCCAAUGCGCUUCUAGCGUUUGACGAUUACAAGACGUUUUGUCCCGAGGGUUUGUCAAGGAUCCGUCAGGAUGCGUUUGAAAGCGACUAUCUCCAAGAGCUGGUGGACUUAUGGGACCCACUGGGACUAUCCGAUGACAAGAAGAAGGAACUGUGUGAGAAAGUCGUGCGCAAUGUCCAAGGAAGACAGGAUGCACCGCAUGAUGAGCUGGUAGCUCGCUCCUUACUUCAAGCAUGCGGAUUGACGGACUAUGAUUUUGUGCAGGAGUAUAGGAAGCCGACCUUUCCGUCACUCGGUCCUGCAGCUCAAGGAGAAGAAAGAAUCAUCGCGCUAUUCCUCGCUUUUGCAGAGGCGUGGAGGACAAAUCGAUCGCCAACCCAACCGGAAGCGUACAAUAGAGAACUUCUACUGGGUUACGCAUCGGCAAUUACCCAAGUCAUGCAGUUCUUCUUCCACGAGGAGAUCAAAAUGCAUCUCUUCCUGUUUGCGCAGAAGCUGGGUAAGACGCAGAAACUGGCCUACAGCCGGAUGAGCAAUAAUUGCCAGGUCUUUUGUAAUGGCCUCGUGACCUACAAGGAAGUCUUUCUCUAUCCCACCUUUGAUGUCAUGUACCCCUUUCUACCCGUCUCUCUAUCUCUGGAAAUCGAGAAGGAGCCGGAUGACCAUUGCGUUAGCUACCUGCAGAGCUUUGUCAAGCCUCUGCAGUACCCGAUCCCGGGAUUCAGAAGCAGACGGGCAAUGCUCGGCUCGGCGAUUACUUUGUACUCGGGCUGCGCGCAGAAUGACGCAGACCUCAUUGAUCAUGUGUGGAGCGUUCGGUUUGGCGAGGAUCCCGAUGAAAGCUUCUCACUGGGUUUCCAUCUCGGUGGGCCGAAGAUUGGAGAUCCGUACCUCCUCAAAGACGAGGAAAUGAGCUGCUCGGACCGAUUCGCAGCAGGAAUGCUCCCGGGCUCGGGACAGUCGAAAGGCUGCACGCUGGCAGACAAUCUGCUGGACUGUCCGGUGGACAACCUGUCUGUCCUGCAGACACAUUUGCUGCGCCGACAGAAAUACUAUUAUAAUAGUGAAGGCGAGUUUCUUUCUGAUCUAGGCGCGAAAGCCUGGGUGACCAAUCGACUUGAAAUCCUCGAUCGACUCCGAGUCCUCAACGACUUUCUGGCCGAGAUAGCCCUGCAGUUCCAGAACAGCUGCAAGGAGUUCCUCUCCCCGGGCUGUAACGUCAAGGCAGUGCGGAAGGUCUGGAAGCCGGCAGACACGCUCUUCUCACGAGCAUGGCAUGGGGAUAGACGGGUAGGAAGCCGCCUGCGUCCUGCCCCGGACAUUGAUUUCGGCCGCGGCGAGAUGGACAACUGGAAGGCAGUCGGGUUCUUUACGCUGGGAGUGCCGCUGUUCGAGACGCAUCGGCAGAUGAUUGACGGGCCGGAGUUGUUCGCGACCCGACUGAAGACGCUUGGAUCACUGCUCAGUGCUCGGAUAUCCGGGAAGGAUGAACUCUGGACGCCGUGGAAGUGGUGUACCUGUGCCGAUUGCAAGGUGUAUCGAUUGCGCUAUAUCUGCUCUCGGGUGGACUGGAAUUUCAUUGCUGCAGUGGACAGCGACGGUACGAAGCCCGUCAUUCGUCCUGGUCACCCGGACUAUGUCUCGCCUUCCGAAGUACUUGAUGCGCUGAAGGACGGGGAGUUUUGGAAGAACGUGGUUGACCAACAUCGACAUCUGCUGGAGGCGGAGGGGAAACGCCAUGAAGAGAUGGGAUCCACGUGGGAGACUACUCUGUUGCUUUGUUCGAGAUAUAUUCUGGGAGAGGGGACCCUGCAGGAUAUUCGUGAUCGUUUAGAAUACUACAAGCUGGUCUUUGAGGGGAAGGUGUCUGUCGAUAGCUAA